UACGUAAUGCAGCCCGAACUUCUGAGAAGCUUCAAUUCCAAAGUUCCAAAUAUAAAAGCAGGGACCUAUUCAUCAUAUUAUAUUCAUUGCUAAUUAGCUAUAUUCACUUUUUUCACUUUCUAAUAUUUUUGUUUACUUUCUCUGUUUGGAAAUAAUUCCAGAAAGCAGAUAUGGAGAAUGAAAACAUGAGCACGGAAAUGGAAAUCCACGACGGUAACACUACGAGGCAGAAUAAUCCUCUGGGACCAAUCAUUUACCUUUUCCAGUCGAUGCAUCUCUUCAUUGCCGGAGCUGUAGCUUCUCUGUCUAGGGUGCCAUCUUAUAGCGUUCUUAGCAGCACUGAUGCUGAAGCUGGACAGGAUCUGGAAAUCGGAGUAGUUGAUGAUGCUGAUGGAGCUGAGCCUGCAGUUUCUGGGCAUAACAAUAGUUCAGCAUCUCAAACAGACAAUAUUGGUAUUGAACUGCAAAGCCAGAUGAGUAGUUUCAAAAGGAUUUUCAGAGAGAAGAACCUGCAAUCUCUUAAUGACAGUCUUGGUGGAGUGGCGAGUGUUGCAGAUGCAUUCAACAGUCACCUGGAAACUGGAAUUUCAGAUAACAGUGAAGAAAUUUCCCAGCGAAAGAUGGUCCAAUUUUCUCAAAAUUGGGCUCAGGCUCACAACUACCUCCAUUUCCUCAAAAAACCGUGCAUGGUGUUGCUCUUUUUGGCUGGGGUGCUGUCCCUUGUCUUUGGCAUCAAAGAAGAAGGCUUGCAGAGUGGUUGGGUUGAUGGGGCAAUAGUGUUUGUGACCCUAUUUCUACUCAUCCUCAUUACCUCAAUACGAGACUGGUCUGAAGAAAGAAGAGCUAGGAAGAAAUCACAGAAGGAGCAAAUAUUGCAGGAGGUAGGUGUUGUUAGAGGAGGGAAGAAGGUUCUGAUUUAUGUCUCUGAUCUGGUUUAUGGCGAUUUGGUUUGUCUAGAGGCUGGAUGUCUAGUUCCUGCAGAUGGCUUAUUUGUUUCUGGUGAGGGAUUAGAAAUAGAUGAUGAUGGUACAUUAUCCAUAUGCAAUCAGCAAAACCCAUUCUUGUUUUAUGGAUCCAUAGUCGUUAAGGGUAGUGCGAAAAUGCUAGUUACAUCCAAGGGCAUGGAUGAUACGGUGUUGGGCGAGAUGAUGAAGGAGGAAUUGGCAUCUACUCAGAAAAAGGCCAAGACUGAGACUAAAAUUGACAAGUUGAGUGAAUUCAAAGACAUAGUAGGACUUAUCCUCUCCAUUCUCUUGUUUGUGGUGGUGUUCUUGCGCUUCUUGGGGGGGAAGAUAGAUGGCGACUCUGGAAACAGACCUGAUUCUAAGGGAGCACCUACUGAACUGGAAAGGAUACUCCACUACCUUAAGAUCAUUUUCACAGAAUCCAAGGGUAAUUCAAGAGUUUUUUCAAUCUUGAUAUGUGUCUCACUGGUGGGGCUAAUGGAAGGGAUGCCUUUUGUUGUUGCAAUAGCAAUUCGACAUUGGAACUCUAAGACACUCUCAGAUAGGGCCUCAGCCAAAGAUGAAUCAAGUUGUGUCAGGAUGGCAGAGGUUACUACAAUUUGCAUUGAGAAUAAUGUUGGUUGGCUAAAGGAGGAUAGAAUUGAAGUUGGUGAAACAAGAGAUCGUCCAAUCGCGUCUCUACUGGCAAGUGGCAUAAAGUUAAUACUUUUCUCACAAAAUCAUGAUGUUUCAGAGCUUAAACAGCUGAUAAUUAGCAGAGAGAUUGGAAUAAGUGAAACAGAUGCUGCUGAUACGGUACUUACCCUUACCGGUGAUGAGUUGCAGCAAUGCCCUGACGAAGAGAUGUUUGAGAAGUUGGGAAGUAUCACGGUUGUGGGAAAAUGCAACUCGAAGCUCAAGCAACGUAUUGUGAGGUGUUUAAGAAGUAAGGGUGAAGUGGUAGCUGUGGUAGGAGAGCGAUCUGGUGAUGCCCUAGUUAUGAAAGAAGCUGAUAUUGGAUUGGCCAUAAAGAGUGAGUACUCAGAGAUAACCACACAGAGUGCUAAUGUUAUAAUUAUGAAGGGGAGCUUCAGUUUGUUGAUUGACAUGAUCAUUUGUGGGAGAAAUAUCUACGAGAAUUUGCAGAAGUUUAUCCAAGUCGAUAUGAUCAAUGACCAUAGCCAACUCACUCAUAAACUUCAUAUCAGCAGUUUCCUCGGGCGACACCCCAUUAUCCUCAAUCCAACUAUUCUGGAUUUACUUUCUUAUCUCAAUCCCAGGAGGCCUAGCAUUGCUGUCUGCCCAACCAAACAAAAACCUCCAGGACACAAUUAGACCAAUUGGGCCACUUAUAACCAAGGCAAUGUGGGUGAACAUACUACUCCAAUCCUCCUAUCAGACUGCCAUUUUUGUGACGCUUCAGCUCAAAGGAACAGCUAUCCUUGGAAUCAGUCAAGAGGCUGAUGAAUCUAUGAUCUUCAACGCCUUCGUCUUCUGCCAGUUGGUUAACAUAUUCAGUUCCAGGGGGCUGAAAGAGUUGAACAUUUUCAAGAGCUUCGGUCAAAAUCCCUGGUUUUGGGUUGGAUCAGUUGCUUUUGUGGUGAUUCAUCUUCCAUUUGAUGCAGUAUAUCGCUUCAUUGCGGGCGAUGCAGGAUGGAAUUGGAAACAGUGGCUUGAGUGCUGUUUAAUUUGGGCUGUUUCAUGGCUUAUGGAUCUGAUAGCAAAGUUCCAGAUCACUGAAAUAGCCAAACAUUGGGCUCAAGAGCUCGGCAGCACCUCGGAUUGGCUCAUCAGAAUAAUGCGACGUUCAACGUCCAUGAACUUGAAUGCCUCAGCUCCAUCAGAGUCCAUGUCUAAUCUCCAAAACCCACUUAUGGCUGCUGAAUCAACAGCCAACACAGUUCAAAGCAACAGUUCAGGUUGACAUAUAUCUUACACUACUAGAGAUAGAUGUUCAUCUGCAGCAGUUCAGGGCUUAAUCUUACAUUUCUAGGAUAUCCAUGUUAGAUAAUGUUCAUCUGCAAACAGUUCAGAGUGUAACCUUAUGUUUCUCUAUUCUUUUAUUUCAUUUCCAUGUUAUUGUUCAUCUUUCACAUUCUGCAAUCUAAUAUUUGUAUAAUUCUUUCCA